GUGAUUUUUUUCAGAGUAAAGAUGGCCACCGGAAAUUCAUUGGCACGUGGUGUGUACGUAGUUGCUGCAAAACGUACAGCUUUCGGAGCCUUCGGGGGCACCCUGAAGGGACAUUCCCCAACUGACCUUCAGGUUCACGCUGCACAAGCUGCAAUGGCUGCCGGCGGAGUUAAAGCAGAAAACAUUAGCUCUGUUUGUAUUGGAAAUGUACUUUCUGCAUCUUCAGCAGAUGCCCCCUACCUAGCUAGACAUGUGGCUCUUCGCUGUGGUCUUGCCGUUCCUACUCCAGCACUCAUAGUGAACCGAUUGUGUGGCUCUGGGUUCCAGUCUGUAGUGAACGGAGUGCAGGAGAUCCUAGUAGGAGACUCAGAGAUUGUUCUCACCGGAGGAACUGAUAAUAUGUCGGCUUGUCCUUACGCUGUCAGGGAUAUCAGGUUUGGAACUAAGUUGGGCCAGGAUCCUAAACUGGAAGAUAUGAUGUGGACCAGUCUAACAGACAUGUUGGCUAAGACUCCCAUGGGAGUGACAGCAGAGAACCUAGCGGAGAAAUAUAACAUUACAAGGGAGGAGUGUGAUAACUUUGCUCUCAGAUCCCAGCAAACAUGGGCGGCUGCUGCCCAGGCCGGAGUGUUCGCUGAUGAAAUUGCAGCUCUUAAGAUAAAAACAAGAAAGGGUGAGGUAGUGUUUGAUACUGAUGAGCAUCCUAAACCUAAAACUACCCUGGAACAGUUAGUCAAGCUCCCAACAGUUUUCAAAAAGAAUGGUGUAGUAACUGCUGCCUCUGCUAGUGGUAUCUGUGACGGAGCUGCUGCAGUUAUCAUUGCAAGUGAGGAAGCUGUUGCAAAGUAUAAUCUGACCCCUCUAGCUCGUAUUGCUGGGUAUGGAGUUGCUGGCUGUGAUCCUACCAUUAUGGGAAUAGGUCCCGUACCUGCCAUUGGUGUUAUGCUGGAGAAGGCUGGUUUAACUCUGGGUCAGAUUGAUCAGAUUGAGAUCAAUGAGGCUUUCGGAGCUCAAACCCUGGCUUGCCAGAAGGCUCUGGAUAUACCCAUGGAGAAGCUGAAUACUUGUGGCGGUGCUAUUGCUCUAGGACAUCCUCUUGCAGCCUCUGGGGCAAGAAUCUCCGCCCAUCUAGUACACAAGCUCCGCCAGAAUAAGCAAAAGUACGGUAUUGGGUCUGCCUGUAUCGGUGGCGGACAGGGUAUCUCAAUUCUCUUCGAAGCUGUUUAAACACCAUUAUCUUCAUCAUAGCAUUUUAGUUCUGUAUUUUAGAUAUUUCUUUGUAAUCAUGUUUUAUUAUAAAUGCAAUAAAUUUCUAUAUUAUUAA